ACACCCUCGACCUCCCUUCUCCUCAUUUCCCUUCUUUUCUUUCCCUCGAAGUCCAGAACAGAACUCGGAAACAAUCCCUUUCCGCAAACACCCAUCUCAAGCAAAGCAUCUUUCUCUUCUCUCCUUCCUCUAUAUCACCACCAAUCAUGUUCCUCUUCAAUUCACUCCCAACAUACACCCAUACGCAAAAGCCUCUCCCCCUUUCUCUCACAUUCAAUCAUCACCGCCCUUUCGGUUCACAAAAAUGGCCGCCCUAGAAUCCGGUUCAGCUCGGCUCGCCCCGUUCAAGUACUCGGACCGGGUCCAGCUGAAGGUCCUCCUCGACGGCGGGGCCGAGCUCGCGGGGAAGAGAGUGGUGGUCGGCGGCUGGGUGAAGUCGUCGAAGGAGGUCGAGAAGUCUGCGCCUCCUCCACCGUUGACGGACGAGACAAAAACGGAGGACGUGUCGUGCGUGGAGAUUAUUCAGUCUCGCAUCCCUUUGAUUCGUAACAUUUUGGAGGUUUUCGGAGGAAGUGGUUAUGCCGCACGCAAAAAACGUGACCCUGUUCCUCCUAAGCCUAUGCUUCCCAAGCCUUCCAUUGCCUAUCUGCUACUCACGGAUGGCUCCUGCGUUGCCACCCUUCAGGUUGUGGUUGAUUCCUCAGUAGCUUCACCCAGCUGUCUUCUGCCUACUGGAACCAGUAUAUUAGUGGAAGGUCUGCUAGAAAGGCCAUCAGCAGAGGGGAAGCAUGUUAUUGAGCUCAAAGCUGACAAAGUUCUUUACAUUGGGGCAGUAGAAGUUGACAAGUAUCCAUUAACAAAGAAACGAGUUCAACUGGAUAUUCUAAGAGAUUACUCCCAAUUUCGGCCUCGAACAACAACGGUGGCUACUGUCAUGCGAAUUCGCAGUGCUCUGUCUUCCGCAACUCACUCAUUUUUCAAGGACAAUGCAUUUUUUGAUGUGCAACUGCCAAUUAUAACAACCACAGACUGUGAAGGAUUUAGCAACAUGUUCCAGGUUACUACCCUGGAUCAGAAAGCAGAAAAGGAGAAGCUAAAUACCAUUUAUGAGACUCAAGGUGUUAACCUUGAACAUGUGAAGGAAGCUGCAAAGGAGAAAAGCAACCUGGUCGAAACUUUAAAAAGAAGUGAAAGCAAUAGGGAGGCACUGACUGCUGCAAUUCAGGAUCUGCGGAAAACAAAUGAACUGGCAUCACAAAUUGAAGCAAGAGAAAAGAGAAAAUUAGGAACUUCAUCAAAGAAUGUAAAAGAAGACUCUUUGAAAGACUUUUUCCUUUCCAAAGCUUAUUUGACUGUCUCUGGCCGUUUACAUCUCGAGAGCUAUGCAUGUGCUCUUGGUAGUGUCUACUCAUUUGGACCUAGAUUUCAAGCAGAUGAAACAGAUUCUGCAAAACAUGCUGCGGAAAUGUGGAUGGUUGAGGUUGAAAUGGCUUUUGCUAAAUUAAAGGAUUCCAUGAACUGCGCUAAUGACUUAUUCAAGCACCUCUGCAGGUGGGUUUUGGAAAAUUGCUCUGAAGAUAUCAAGUUUGUUGCUAAAAGAAUUGACUGCACGUGCGUUGAUCGUCUUCGGCAUGUUAUAUCAAGUUCCCCUGAAAUGAUAUCCUAUAAUGAAGCUAUAAAUGUUUUCAAAAAGGCUGAAGAUAAGAAAUUUGGAACAAAGUUUGAUUGGGGUGUUGUACUCAAUUCGGAACACCUAAGCUAUCUAGCUGAUACCAUCUACAAAAAGCCGGUUAUGGUAUACAAUUAUCCAAAAGAAGCUAAGCCAUUUUACGUUCAUGUGAAUGAUGAUGGAAUGGUAGCUGCAUUUGACCUGGUUGUCCCAAAGGUGGGAACAAUAAUUUCUGGUAGCCAAAAUGAGGAACGGCUUAACAUGAUAAGCUCGAGAAUUACCGAAUUGGGUUUGCCACGAGAGAAGUAUGAAUGGUACUUGGAUCUUCGUAGAAAUGGAACAAUCAAACACUCUGGGUUCACUCUAAGGUUUGACCUUAUGGUCCUUUUUGCAACUGGCCUUAGCAAUGUUAGGGAUGUUAUCCCUUUUCCAAGAAGUUAUGGUAAGGCCAACAACUAAUGAGAUUUUGGCCAAGAUUCAAGUUGCGGAUUCAAACGUCCAAUGUUUGUGACAGGAGGAAAGCAAGACACUGUAUGAUUAUUGAUUAUGUAACAUAUACAUGUAUGCCAAAUGUAUAUAAGGAAUUAUUGAAAUGAAGUUGAUCUAA